AUGGGUUUCCACAAAUCAUCCGCAGGCAUCAAGCUCAAAGAUAAGCACCUCCUCACUGCUUAUUGCGAGCGACCUUCCGGUCAAACUAGAUAUUCAGAGUUAGAUCUGGAUGAACUCCUCGGUGUGAGGAAUGGACAACUAGCCUGGGGCGACCACGACUUCUCAAAGAAAUCACAAGACGUCUCCUUCCAACUAGAAGGCCCCAGCAACGAUCCCAUGCUCUACGCCCAAGUCGACGCCGGCGACGGCGGUACGCAAGAAAGCACAGUAAACCUGGCGGAUUGCAUCAGAAACGAAGACGGAAAGCUGAGUUUCAUGGAAUGCUUCUAA